AAUAUCUUUUAAAUCAUGACUCAUCCAAAUAAGUAAACUAAUAUGUGGGCAUGUUCUUAUCACUUCCAGAGAAAUUAAAAAGAAAAUGCACCUCUUCACCUAAACCAGUUUUUAAUAUUCAAAUUAAUUUAAAAGUUGCAAAUCAACCGAUCUUCCAUUUUGGUUAUUUGUCCCCUAAGUUAAUUGAGCUUUCUCUGAUUUUAAAUGGGAAAAAACGAUCAUGAUCGCUGUCCAUUUUUAUUUCCCCCCGCCAACUACGGCUCUCCGCCCUCUUCUCCGUCGUCAACACCGUCAUCAGAUUCAUCGCCGCCGCCAUCUUAUUCCUGCACUUAUUCUUCCUCUCAUUAUUCUUGUCAUUCUUCGCCGAGUAUUACUUCUCCGUUCGCAUAUCUUUCAACUACUCGUCCAAUUUCUUCGACGCCGGCUAGUCCUUCGGCUGACUGUGGAAAACAUAAUCAGCUAUGCGCAGAACAUAAUUAUUUAGCUAAUAAUUUCAUUACAGAAGAAAUUAGAGUUGAAGGAGACUUCGAAGCUAGCAGUAUUAUCAAGUCUCUGCAGGAUCCUAAAGAAGUUGCGAGCCUUUGCUUAGUUCCUAGCCAGGCUUCGCAAGGUUAUAAUGACUGCUCGACGACAAUAUAUCUAAAGAGACGGAGAGAAGGACAUGACGAAAGUAUAAGAGAAGGAAAGAAGAAAAUGUUUCAACAUACAUUUGACAUAGUCAUAGAAAACCCAAAAAAUGACUUCUUUAGAGUUCCAUCUGUACAGAUGGAAGUACCCCGAGAGAAGCUUGGAGACAAACUCACAAUCCUUCAGAACAUUGUGUCCCCGUAUGGAAAGACUGAUACAGCCUCUGUGCUAUUGGAAACAAUUGGCUAUAUAAAGUUCUUGCAAGGUCAAGUUGAGAUAUUAAGUAGGCAUCGGAUGACAAAAAGUGGACAUAAUGUAAGGGAAGUUGCCAUCUUUGGUGUAAAAUUUCAGGUCGAUGAACAAGUUGAUCUCAGGAGCAGAGGUCUUUGUUUAGUUCCUAUUUCGCUUACCAUCUCAUCAAUGUGAACGAAACGACCGAAUUGCUAGACUUUAAAUAUAUAAAUAAUACAUAAAAAAAAAUCGAGGAACUAAAUUAUAUUUUAUAUUUAUUAAUUAGAUUUUUUGACUGGACAUAUUUGGCACGAUUCGCAUGAAUGUUGGACUAAUGAACCCUCA